UCAUCACAUAUCAAAAAUUAAAUAUCUUUCAAUGGAAGGAGCAACCACCCACUACGCAAUCUGCAUUUUGAGACCAGACGGAGAUUCUGGAGUUAAGGGAGUAGUCAAAUUUGUUCAACCAGAAGGUGGAAAGACUAGAGUUGUGGCUGAAAUCACUGGACUCACCGAAGGAGACCACGGAUUCCAUGUUCACGAGUUUGGAAAUCUAAUCAAUGGAUGUGUCUCAGCAGGAGCUCACUUCAACCCUGCAGGCAAGAACCAUGGAGGCCCAGAUAGUGAAGAAAGGCACGUUGGUGACAUGGGAAAUGCCACUGCAGGAGCUGAUGGAGUUGCCAAGAUUGAUUACGAAGAUGCCCAGAUCCAAUUAACAGGUGAACACUCAAUCAUUGGAAGAUCUGUGGUCACACACGCAGAUCCAGACGAUCUUGGACUUGGAGGAUUUGAUGAUUCCUUGAAAACAGGUCAUGCUGGAGCUAGAGUUGCAUGCGGAACCAUCGGACUCUCUGGACCAUUCGAAGAUCUUGAUUGUAAGCUGUAAAGGAGCUAUUAUUAACAAUUUUGGAUAGAGUUUGCAACA